AUGACAGACAUCGUCAAGCACGUUGACACCCCUCUCAAUGAGAUCGAUGAGCUCUAUGACCGCCUCUCCGCGACGUUUGCGAGCCACAAGACGCACGCGCUCGCGUUCCGCCUGUACAACCUCAAGCAGCUCGCGUACAUGUUGCAGGACAAUGUUCCGGCCUUCCAGGCGGCACUCGCCGCCGACCUCCAGAAGAAGCCGUUCGACGUCGAGCUCACCGAGGUCUGGCCCGCCAUCGGCGACAUCGACCUUGCCAUCAAGCGUCUCCCUGAAUGGAUGGCCGACGAGAGCAAGUCGAAGGACGCAACCGGCUCGUUCAAGCUUGCUCGUCCUCGUGUUGUCAAGCAGCCUAAGGGCGUCUCGCUGAUCAUCGGCGCUUGGAACUUCCCCGUGCUUCUCGUCGUCUGCCCGCUCAUCGCGGCCAUCUCGGCCGGUUGCCCUGCGAUCAUCAAGGGCUCUGAGCAUUCCCCGGCCUCGUCCGCUCUCCUCGCGCAGCUUAUCCCCAAGUACCUCGACCCGGAUGCUUACGGCUUCGUCAUGGGCGGCCCCGAGCAGGCCACGGCCCUUCUCCAGAAGCGCUGGGGCCACAUCCUCUACACCGGCUCCGGCCAGGUCGGCAAGAUUGUCGCCACUGCAGCCGCUCAGACGCUGACUUCGACCACGCUUGAGCUCGGCGGCAAGAGUCCCGUCAUUGUCUCGGCGGAUGCCGACAUUACUAUCACUGCGCGCCGCAUGCUCAGCAUGAAGCAGCUGAACGCCGGCCAGGUCUGCGUCGCCCCCGACUACGUGCUCUGCGCCAAGGAGCGCGUUGACGAGCUCGUCAAGGCCAUGAAGGACACCCUCGACGAGUUCUACCCUCCCAAUUCUGACCGCUCGCUUAUCGGUGACUCGUUCGACUUCGCCUCGGGUAUCCGCAACUCGCGCGACUACGAGCGUCUCGUCAAGGUUAUCGAAGCGGUCGACGAGGAGGGUAAGCUUGUCUACCGCGGUGAGACCGACCCGUCGCGCCUCCGCAUGGGCAUCAACCUUGUGCGCCUGAACCACAACGGUGACGGCGAGACCACCACCCUCGUUACCGAAGAGACCUUUGGCCCCAUUAUCCCCAUUAUCCCGGUGGACGACGUCGAUGCCGCUAUCCGGUACGUCAACGCGCGCCCAACGCCUCUCGCGCUCUACGUCUGCUCGAGCAGCCGCAAGGUCUUCCUCGACGUCAUCAACAAGACGAUCAGUGGCUCUGCCAUCUGGAACGACUUCAGCAUGACGCCUCUCGCGACCACCCUUCCAUUUGGCGGUGUCGGCGAGUCGGGCUGGGGUAGCUACCACGGCUUCUACGGUUUCCUCGCGUUCUCGCACCAGAAGGCCGUCAUCGAGAUGCCGCUCUGGCUGGAGAUGGCCCAGAAGGCGCGCUAUGCGCCCAACUUCAACAAGAAGAUGGUGCGCAGGUUCUUGGGCGCAAAUGUCAAGUUCCCCCGCCCGAUCAGCGUCGAGCACGAGCAGCGUUCGCUUGAUCGCUCGCGUGCCCGCCGCCACCUUUACAUUGGUGUGCUUCUCGUCGCGAUUGGCGCGUGGCUCGGCUUUGGCGGUCGCAAGAUCACCAGCAUCUUUGCGGCCCUUAGAGCCAAGAUUGGCGUUUAA